AUGCCUAGACUUUCAAACAGACAAAUUCAUAGAAAUAAUGUUCCAGCAAGUUCACCAGAGCAAUUUUACAGAGCAUCAAUAUAUAUUCCUUAUUUGGAUAAAUUUAUUAAUGAGUUAGACAAUAGGUUCAUAAACCAUCAAGUAACUUUGUCGAAUUUCGACUCUUUAUUUCAAGAAAACGGUCACCUCGAAGACUUUAAGAAUCUUUCAAAUAAAUAUAUUGAAGAUUUACAGGAAAAUGGAUCUUCUAACAUAAUAUUUGAAUCAGAAUACAAGUUAUGGCAAAGAAAACUUAUGCAAACAAAUCAUAAACCAAAAAAUGCUUUGGAGGCUUUAACUUUAUGUAACAUAUCUAUUUACCCAAACAUUUUUAAACUUCUCCAAAUUUUGGCUACACUUCCGGUCUCUUCUUCGUCAAAUAAGAGAACUUUUUCAAACUUGAAGAGGAUAAAAACUUAUCUUAGAAAUUCUAUUUCCGAGGGAAGACUAAACGGGUUAGCUAUGUUAUCUAUAAAUUCAUAA